AUGAAUCGACAACUUCUGCCCUCAAUCCAUGUUGCUGCUGGUCUCGCUAAAAAAACUCUGAACCGCUAUUAUGAACUUACUGACAGUUCUGAAGUCUACCGUAUUGCAAUGAUACUUCACCCACGUCACAAGCUAGCUUAUUUCAAGCGUGCGAACUGGGAACAACAGUGGAUCGACACGGCAGAGACACUCGUUCGCAAUGCAUAUGAGCUGUGUCUCAAUGCUGACAACAGCGACCCUGGCGAAGAUGAGGAGAUCGUGGAAAGCACCCGCCCUUGUGAUUCAAGUGUCCCAUGUAGCUAA